CCAGUAAUUAAAAAUAAAAAUUUGAAAAAGAAAAUUUUAACAAACACCUAAUUUUUCAUUUACAGGAAUGCAAAAUUUGUCAAUUUCCUGCUCUUUAGUAUGUCUGAUAAUACUGGGCAGUGCCGCUUUAGUGGGAGCUUUUGGUGUAUGUCAAAGACAAAUAAGUGCCAUAUUGAUAACAGGUGUAAUGUAUUUAUUGGCAGCCUUAUUUGCUUUAUUUACUCUAAUGAUAAUACAUUUUAAAAGACAACAAGGUAGACCCAUGUUGGAUAGUGAUUAUGAUGGCACGGUGGAUGGCAUAGUGGCCAGACCGGGAGGUCCAGCCAUCAUGGCCAAACCCCUAUUAGGAGCUAGAAUAUUCUUAACUUCAUGGAGUUUAGAUUUGGGCUGGGGUGGUGUGGUCUUGUGUGCCAUUACCUCAGUACUCUGGAUAUUGUUAUCGAAAAUCAUGCGUUAUAAUCCCUUUUCCACGUUAAUGAUUUAAGUAAU